AUGAAGGUUACGAUUCUUCACCUGGUAUUCCUUCUGACCACCGCGGCAGCCAUCGCGAUUCCCACUAAGACAGACGUGGCCACAACCUCCGCCCAGACGCCCACCUCAAUCAAUACUACCAACAUUCAGCCGCCGAAAGGGGGCGAUCAAGACCAUGACCAAGACCCCGAGGAAGGCGACCUUAAACCUUGGGAACGCCGAUUCUGUUCCAUGAAACACCAUCACAAAACAAAAUCGGCACAUCAUAAGAUGAAGCAUCCCGCACCUCCAGAGGAAAAUACAAAAGGCAAAAAGGCGCCAAAUUGGCAACGUUGCAAGAAACAUCUUGAAAAGCACCUCCCGCCCAUGAAGAUGGAGUCCCUUAAACGUCUAGCAGAGACGAAUGGCACACGCGCAUCUACAGCGCAAGGACUGAAGAGCCAUAAGGGCCACAAGGGCCAUAACGGUAACAAAGAUCAUGGCUCGUGCUUCAAGAAUUGCGUCGGAUUCAAAAUAUCUUUCCUCUCGAAGCUGAUACCUGAGGGCAUGAUGGAACCUAUCUGUGAGAGUAUUUGUGGAUGCAAGGGUUCUGAGCAAUGUAGGGGUAAGGACACGGGAGGGAAGGAGACGCCCCCGGAGGAGAGCCCCCCGGAAGAAAGCCCCCCGGAGAAGAGCCCCCAGGAGGAGAACCCCCCGGAGGAGAACCCACCGGAGGAGAACCACCCGGAGGAGAACCUACCUGUUCCGCAUCAGGGCAUGAACGAGAUGCAUGGAUGGAAGGAAUGGAUCGCGAAAGAAAAGGAGAUCGAGUCAACUAAGAGUGAAGGAGAUAUUCCCCCUAGAUAUGUGGGAGAGGUCUCGACAGCAUUUGUAUGA